UCGGUGUGUGUCAAAGCCUGCUGUGUAGAACUGAGAACAGCGCAGCAGUGAAGUGCAGGAAGAAAGGUGGAUGAAAUACAAAAUACAAUAGGAAUAAAAACGCUGAUAGACACAUCUCGUUAAUGUAUCCUUAUAAUAGCUCUUAUUUGUCAGUGGUGUAAUGGAACAGAAGCAAAAUAUUAAGAGGCACAGUUUUUUCCCAGCCUUUUAUUCAAUGCCUUUUUCCGCCAGGAUUUGCUGGGCACUGCUUAGCUCGCUACUGCUCCAUUGGGUGAUUGUGGAAGCGAAGGACCUGCCUCAGUGCAAAGAGACAGAGUAUUAUUUUGAGUACACAGAGUGUGACAUCACCGGAUCUCGGUGGAGGGUUGCUAUACCCAUAAAAGAGGGGUCUUGCUCAGGUUUACCUGAUCCUGUCAAAGGCACAGAAUGCACAUUCUCUUGUGCAGUGGGUGAAUUCUUGGAAAUGUCCACCCAGCAGUGUACACCAUGUGCUGCUGGCACCUAUUCUCUGGGCAGUGGCAUCUGGUUUGAUGAGUGGGAUGACCUGCCACCUGGAUUCACCAAUCUGGCAACCUAUAUGGACAAUGGACCUGGGUCUGAAGAGACAGUCUCCUGUGACAACUCUACCUGGGUCCCCAAAGGAAAUUAUUUGGAGUCUAACCGAGAUGACUGUACCGUGUCCUUAAUCUAUGCGGUACACCUCAAGAAGCAAGGUUCCGUCUCCUUUUCGUAUCAGUAUGUGGACAACAAUGUUUUAUUUGAGUUCUUUAUUCAAAAUGAUCAAUGUCAAGAACUGGACACAUCUGAUCAAAAAUGGAUAAAACUUACAGACCAUGGGGAAUGGGAAACUCACACUGUAAACUUGAAGACUGGCACAAAUAUCCUUUACUGGCGGACUACAGGAAUCCUCCUUGGGUCUAAAAUAGUGAAACCAGUCCUAUUGAAGAAUAUACACAUUGAAGGAGUUGCUUACACAUCGGAGUGUUUUCCAUGCAAACCCGGCACCUACAGUAAAAUGCCUGGCUCGAAGUCUUGUGAGGUUUGUCCUCGGAACACCUUCUCUGGGAAAGGGGCGAGCUCAUGUACACAGUGUAAUGAUAAUCUAGUGUAUGCAGAAGAGGGAUCAGCAGGUUGCACGGAAAGACCCGUGUGUACAGUCAAAGAUUAUUUCCAGAUUCAUACACCUUGUGAUAAGGAUGGAAAGACCCAGAUCAUGUACAAGUGGAUAGAACCCAAGAUCUGCAGAGAUGAUGUACAGAAUGCAGUGAAGCUCCCUCCCUCUGGGGAGAAGAAAGCUUGCCCGCCAUGUAACCCGGGAUUCUUUAACAAUGACAUGGCCACCUGCACUCCCUGCCCACCUGGGACAUACUCAGAUGGAAUGACAGAAUGCAAGACCUGCCCUGCUGGAACAGAACCAGCGCUAGGUUACGAGUUCAAGUGGUGGAAUGUUUUGCCUGCUAACAUGAAGACUUCCUGCUUCAAUGUCGGCAACACUAAAUGUGAUGGAAUGAAUGGCUGGGGAGUAGCAGGGGAUCACAUCCAUAGUGGAUCAGGUGGCUCUGACAAUGACUACCUCAUUCUAAACCUUCAAGUCCCUGGUUUUAAACCUCCAACUUCACUGACAGGGGCUUCUGGCAAUGAAGUUGGUCGGAUUACCUUUGUUUUUGAGACCAUCUGUUCUGUAGACUGUGAGCUCUAUUUCAUGAUGGAUGUGAACAGAAAGAGCACCAGUGUGGUGGAAUCAUGGGAAGGGACCAAAGAAAAACAGUCGUACACUCACAUUAUGACAAAAAAUGCAUCUGUUUCUUUCACCUGGGCAUUCCAGAGGACAAACCAGGUACAAGAGACGAGAAGGUUUGUUAAUGACAUAGUGAAGAUAUACUCCAUAACUGUAUCGAAUGUCCUGGGUGGAGUUGCCUCUUCCUGCGAUGCCUGUGCCCUCGGACCCCAGCAGUCUGGAUCAUCCUGCGUGCCCUGCCCACCUGGCAACUACAUUGAUAAGGACAGCAACCAGUGUAAAGAGUGCCCAGCCAACACUUACCUCUCUGUACAUCAGCUUUCUGGCAAGGAGGCCUGUAUCCCCUGUGGGCCUGGAAGCAGAAGCAAUAAGGACCACUCGUUUUGCUUCAGUGACUGCAUCUUCAGCCACACCAGUGAAAAUCAGACCUUGUCAUAUGAUUUUAGUCAGCUGAGCCCUGUGGGAUCAAUAAUGAAUGGACCAAGCUUCACAUCCAGAGGAACUAAAUAUUACCAUUUCUUCAACAUAAGCUUGUGUGGGCAUGAGGGGAAAAGGAAGGCUGUUUGUACAGACAAUGUAACAGAUAUGGCAGUAAAGGAUCUACAGAAUGAAUCAAAUGAGGAUACUAACAUUGUGGAAACCUUCAUCUGCCAAUCAACGAUCAUACCAUCAGAUGGGAGGGGAUUCAGGACUGCCCUAUCUUCUCAGUCCAUCAGCCUUGCUGAUAUAUUCAUAGGGGCCACCACUGACACCACUCUUGAUGGCAUCACUGCCAAACCUGAUCUGUUCCCUGACGCAUCCAAAAAAAUACCAGAUGUCCAUUUCUUUUAUAGGUCUCCUCAAGCCACCUCCUCCUGUGACCCAGGCCGCACUUCUGUCAUAUCAUUGCGCUGUAACCCAGAGAAGACUUACCCAGGAGAACUUACAGUACCAAGCAAAUGCCCAGCAGGAACCUGCGAUGGCUGUGCUUUCAACUUUAUGUGGGAAAGUGCAGAAGCCUGUCCACUGUGUACAGAAAUGGACUACCAUGAAAUAGAGGGAGCGUGCAGAAACGGAAUCCAGGACACGUUGUAUGUUUGGAAUGAGCCAAAACUCUGCACUAAAGGUGUCAGCCUCCCAGAAAGAAAGAGCUCUGUUUGUGAGGCUAUCGAUUUCUGGUUAAAAGUGGGUGCUGGGAUUGGAGCAUUCACUGCUGUGCUACUGAUUUCCCUCACCUGUUACUUCUGGAAGAAAAACAAGAAGUUGGAAUACAAGUAUUCAAGACUGGUGAUGACUGCGAAUAAAGAAUGUGAGCUUCCUGCUGCAGACAGCUGUGCUAUAAUGGAAGGGGAGGAUAAUGAAGAAGAUGUGGUUUAUUCCACUAAGCCAUCCUUACUAGGAAAGCUAAAGUCAAUAGCCACAAAGGGAAACGGAGACAUUUUUGAAUCUCUUCAACUGAAGUCCUCUAGAUCCCACAAUAUAUGAAGACUUUUUUCAAAGGGGAAAAAAGAUGUUUUUGAAUAUUAAGAAACACCUGCACACCUGCCAUGUGAUUUGGACACAUGGUUGCCAGUCUGGUGAUAAGUUCAACUCAGGAAGAGAUCCUUGAUGUGAAGUUAUUCAAGAUUUGACUGCUCUAAUUUUAAUGUUUGUUUGCAUAUUGGUUACUUUUAUAUGGUCUGCUAGUAAAUUGGAACAAAUGCUGGUUCUGUAAAUUCAGUCUUUGACCUCCUAAAGUGAUGUUUAAUAUAUUAAAAUUCACUAUUAAGAUAAAUAUAUCAGCUACAGUGAACAUGACAAAAGGGCUGCAGAAUGAUUUACAUGUUUCUCAUUAUUUCUCUUUCAUGUGAGAUUAUGCCUGGUUUUAGCUGUUCUGCAGUAGUCUGUCUGAAAGAUGGGCUUCUUAGUCCAGUAGUCAGCAGCUCUGUACGCGCCUCUCCUCUUGGCUUCACUACAGACGCUCAUCCCUGGUGGUGGUUGAGAAUGGAGCCAUGCUUCGCUUCUUCCCCGCAAUAGUCCCUUAUAUUUGUAUCAGGAUUGCUCAAUGUAUUGUGUAAGAUGUAUUCUUACUGCAUAAAUUUUGUGUUCACUCAUCUCUGAUACAAAAGCACCGUUUUCAUGUUAUGUCUUGCACUAAGAUAUUCCCUAAAAAAAAAAAUGAAAACCAAAAAAACAUUUUGUUUUCAUUUUUUACUAGUUAUUCUAAACGUGUUCAUAUAAUUUGAAAUUACGAUACUGAUAUAUUUGAGUCAACAGUACACACUGUACUCCUUAUUGAUAUUUUUUUCAGUAAAACCAAGUAGAUAUUUAAGUUAAUGUGGUACAUUUAAGUACAGCAUAACACUAGCAGGGUCUUUUAAGUGCCCAUCACCCCCCCCCCCCCCC